AUGUUCUUUAAGACUUUUAUCCCUUUUUUUGCUGUAGGCGCAAGCGCCCAGUUGAUUGUCGGCUUGGGUUCUUCAUACGCCGAAGGACCCGGUCUUGACCAGCGGAUUGGCGACCUUCUGCGACAAAAGCUCGCCGACAACGACGGAGGAGAGUGGUCCUUCACCAACCACGCAGUCAGUGGUAGCGUUCUGCCGGACAUUGCGGAAAAACAAGCUCCGGAGCUUGAUGGGUCCAACCCAAGGAUUGCAUACAUUGUCUCCGGCGGCAACGAUCUCUCGUAUGCGACGUGUUUGAGCGACCCCAGCAACAGCGCGUGCCAAAACUCCAUCUCCGAGGAUGAAUGGAAGAAGCGCUACAAAGAUGUUCUGGAUUCUGUUAUCGAGCAUACAUCUGGUGAUCUGACCGUCUUCUGCGUAACAUACAUUAGAGCCCUUGGCGCCGAUACCGCAUGCCCAAGCGACGACUGCCCAAUGCAACCUGACGAGAAGGAGGCAAACGACAAUCUUUACAACCGAGUUGUCGACUACACUGUUCGUGCGGUGGAUGAGUGGAAGGCUGCUGGGGACAACAAGCAGCAUGAUGUGCGCCUGAUUCCUAUGCGCCAGCACAGUGAGGAGCAUUACGUUGGCACCGGCGAGCCAUGGAUCAAUGGAGCGCAGGUUCCAGACGGUGCAGGAGGCAUUACCUGGCACCCUAACAACGCUGGAGCUAAUGCUGUUGCCGAGUUCCUUCUUCAGAGCUUUACCAAUUAG